AUGACGGCCGAGGUGCAGAGGGCGCCCGGGGACCUCGUCCAGCCCGCGGCGCAGCCCGCCUACAACUUCAGCUUCUCCGACUUCCUGCGGCGCGAGUACCGCUUCGGCCUCGACCCGAACCGGCCAUCCUGCAAGGCCUACAUGCAAGGCCACUGUCCGCUAGGCAACAACUGUCCCGACAAGCACCACGUCUCGUCAUCCUACAACAAUCUCGUAUGCAAGCAUUGGCUGCGCGGGCUGUGCAAGAAGGGCGACGCAUGCGAGUUCCUGCACGAGUACAACCUGCGUCGGAUGCCCGAGUGCUCGUACUACGCCCGGACCCUGACCUGCUCCAACGGCGACGACUGCCUCUAUCUGCACAUCGACCCCGACUCGAAGCGCCCGCCCUGCCCCCACUACGACCGCGGCUUCUGCCCGCUCGGCCCGCACUGCGCGAACAAGCAUGUGAAGAAGGACAAGCUGUGCCCGUUCUACCUCGCGGGCUUCUGCCCAGAGGGCAAGGCGUGCAAGAACGGCGGACACCCGCGAUAUCCGCUGGACCUCAAGAAACCAGAAGUGCGAGUGGAGAAGUCCCGGGAGGAAUUGGAGGCUGAGCGACUCGCACGGGAGAUCGAGCGCGAGAAGGAGGAGGAGAGGGAGCGGGAGCGGGAGGAUAGGAACCCGAAUCAGGGCGGUGGACAGCAGGGACGGUUCCGGGGCGGCUGGCAGGACAAUCGCAAGAAGCGUCGGGGCGGUGGUGGUGGGAGGAACCGCCGGCACUGA